GCUUUGUAAAGCUCAGUUCAAUCGCGGCAAGCGUUGUCAACGGACGUCUCUCAAAAGCUUUAGCGCAACUUUCAAUUGCAAGUCUUACGACGCAAGCGCAAGCGCAGCAGCGACAGAAACAACAGCAACAACAACAACAACAAAAAUAUAGAAAGAGCAGCAGCAGAGAAGAGGAAGAAGAGCAAGACGACGCAGCAGCAGCAGCUGAAACAAGAAGUGAUCAGAUGCAAAUGCAGAGCAGCAAAGUAAACAGAGUUGAAGAACAAUAAAACAACAACUACAAUACUAUAUAGAAAACCAGAGUGCGUGUGCGUACGUGUGUGAAUGUGUAACUCAAAUAACAAUAACAACAAAGAUCACAACAACAAUAGUAAAACGCAACGCAUUGAAAGUAAAACUUGACGCCCAAAAGCGAAAUUACCAAUAGCCGAAAUACCAUUAAAAGCAAACUAAAGAAAAGAAGAAGUCGCUAAAGAAGAAGAAGAGACAGCAAGCAACAACAAGCCCAAGUCGUGGCAUAGUUUUUUUUGUUUUGUUUUUUUUUGUUUUUGUUUUGUUUUUUUGUAUUUUGUUUUUGUUUCAUAUUUGUGCAAAGUGCGAAACGAGAUUAAAAUAAAAACGACGCGUUUGAAGGAAGUGCAACAACUGGGAGGGGAGAAUCUACAGCAACAAAAUGUGUUAAUAAUUAGCUAAAUCAUUAUAUCGAUUUAAAAGUAAGUCGUGAUCGGUUGAUUGCAGUUUGUUGGAUUGGAUUAAGCAGCUGCAGAUUUCGACGAUUACAAUGUCCUUUGCCAGGAGUGAGGUUAGGUCAUUACUGCGGAAAGAUCUGCUUGUGCGAUGGCGUCAAAAGGGUUUAACCCUCACGCUAUUCGCUUGGCCCGUAGUGAUCUUCAUGCUGCUCUACAUUAUACGUCUCAAAUAUGGCUCGGAAGAGAUGGAGGCGUGCCAGUUUCCCACUCGUCUGCUGCCUACAAAGAAUCAGGUAGUGCCUGGCGCCUUUUCCUAUAUCUGUAGCAUAGAGAACAAGUGCCUAAAGACGGAACCCUAUGAGGAGUACUCCAAAUGGAAGGAGGCACCCUUGCAUUCUGUUAUUGAAAUCAUAAAUAUUUUUGUAACGGAUGAUAGACUGUACAAUGCAGUCAUCGAACUUCCUGAGAAGGCGAACUUUAUAAGCGCUGUGACAGCGCUGGUGACGAGUAACCAUCUUGAUCUCAUACGUAGCAACAUAAGUGAAAUUGUUUCAUUAGUGCCACAAAUCGAGCGGCUCAUGAAUUACAGUUUUGAUAUUACGAAACUGUUUUCCAAUCGGGAGACCUUCGUUAAAUUUGGUGUUCUCCUAUGUGGUCAUCCGUUUCCUAGCACGGAUAGCAUACCCCUGGUUAAUGACAUUCUCUACUCGGAGGACUUUAGCGAGGUGAACGAUGAUGAGCUUAAGGCUAUGCCAACCAAGUACUGCAAGCGUUUGUAUCUGGAUGUAACAUCGACAAACCAGGGCAAGCUCACCUGGAACUUUAUCAAGCCGAUUAUUCAAGGCAAGAUCCUUUAUACACCGCCAAAUGCGGAUACGGAGAGCAUUGUCAAGUUUACCAAUGGUACCUUUGAGGAGCUGGAACGUAUGAAGAAGCUGGCGAACGCCUCUGCCGCCAUCUUAAAUAAGUUGCAUACGAAUGCCACCUUCCAGGAUGCCUUUGAGAGCCUACUGAAGUUGGCGCGAUCGCAGUUGGUAAAGAGACUGGUGGGGGAUGACUUUGACAUUGAAGAGAUCGAGAGGAUGAUGAAUUAUUUGAGAACCAAUGAGCUCAUUCAUAACAUACUUAACACAAUUAGCGAUCUUCUCGAAUGCCUCUCUGUGGAUCGCUUUGAGCCAGUGGAAAGUGUGGAUCAGCUGCAUCAUCGUGCCUACGAACUGAAUCAGGAACGCCUCUUUCUGGCUGCUUUGAACUUUGAGAAUGUCACGGGCAAGCAGAUCAGCUACAAGAUUCACAUGGACACAGACAACACGCAGCCGACGUUUGAAAAUAAGAAUCGAUUCUGGUUUCCGGGUCCCGCGGCCAGCAUGCUAGUAGAUCUAAAGUAUCAUCGGGGAUUCGUCCAGCUCAAGCAGAUGGUCGACUUGGGUAUCAUCAAGCAUAAGCGCCAGGAACUGGGUCCUAUUGAGGAGCCCGAGAAAGAUACUUCCACACGUCCUCUUAUACAAGUUCAAAGCGUGGACGAUGACCUCUUUAAUGAUGAUGACGACGAUUUUGAUUUCAAUCUGGACAGCAGUGUCGAGCAGGCUGAUUCGCAAACAACAACGCUUCCAUCGCUGUCAGAUGAUUCGGAGACAACAACACUCCAGGAACAGGAGGAAGAGACAACUACGGACCAGGUGGAGCUUGGCACCACCAUUAAACCGGACUUCACUUUCCUCUCCGAUAGCGAUGUUUUGGAUGAACGGGGAGAACGUGUGCGGCGUGAGGAUCUUCUAGAGACUUUCAACUUUGCCGAUCAGCAUGAAGCUGGAGGUCGCGUUAAGCGGGCGGGUCUCCUGGAUUUGCUUAGUAGCUUUGGUGGCGACUCUUCCGAUUCGAAAACUCCCAAAUUCGCUGUUGACGACAUGCAAUUUUACACUAAACAAUUUCCCUAUCCCGCCUAUACCAGUGAUGAUUUCAAGCGAGGACUCUAUCUGGCUCAAGGCGUACAAGUAGCCUACUGCCUAGGACUGGUCGUUGUUGUCGCCAUUUGCGUAAGGGAGCGUAUUUGGAUGCGGGAGAGCCGAAAUAGUAUGCUAAUGCGAUCCAUGGGCUUGCGGUCUCACUCGGAACUGAUUGCCUGGGCUCUCGUUAGUUUUCUGGAACUCUGUGCAAUCUUUGUGCUAAUCAGUCUUGUGCUCUACUCCGGCGGUAUUUUAGCCUAUACCAACUGGUUCUUCAUGAUGUUCUACUGUCUAGUCUUUGGCGCGUGUCUUAUAUCAUUUUGCUACAUGUGCUCCAACUUCUUUGUAUCCGCGAAUAUUGGAGCAGUUGCUGCAGCAUUGCUGUUCUUCAUCACACUCUGUCCGUACAUCAUUGUGCUGCUGUUCGACGCGAAGCUGAAUUUGCUGGAGACUGUCUUGGUGGAUCUUUCCCUUACGACAGCCUUUGCCAAGGGCUGGAGCGAGCUGAUGCGCAUGGAGUUGCAGGAGCAGGGACUGGGCCUUAAUCAUCUCCUCGAGAUGGGUCCUGCACGCAGCGAAUGCGCCCUGGCGUUGCUCAUGUUUGUCGUCGACAUUUUAAUAUAUGCGGCAAUUGGAUAUAGCUAUCAGCGCUAUAAGAAAAAUAACUACAGCUUUGUCAGGGUAUCUCGGGCGCAACUGGACGCCAAAUUGGGCGCUUCACUCAGCAGCGUGACGAAGAUGUAUGGCAGUAAGUAUGCCGUAUCGAAUCUGAGCUUGGACUUUGCACGCAACCAGGUGAGCUGUCUCCUGGGCAGAAAUGGUGCUGGCAAGAGCACGCUGAUCAAGCUCCUAACUGGCCAGACGGUGCAGACAACGGGUCAGGUGUUGAUCGCCGGCGAACACGUGGGUGUCUGUUGGCAGGAUAAUAUUCUCAUACCCAAGCUGACGGCACGCGAGCAUCUGGAGUUGUACGCGCAGCUGAAGCUCGAGGCGGCCAGUCAGGACGGCGGGGAGCAGCUGGUGACAGCUGAUCAGGAAGUUCGACGGACUCUUAAGAGCUUGAACUUUGGCAAAUAUGAGAACUACUUUGCCUAUCAGCUUUCCGGGGGCUAUCAGCGACGUCUCUGUGUGGCGAUCGCAUUCAUUGCCUCGCCGAGUGUUGUCAUCCUGGACGAACCCUGCAAUGGGGUUGAUGCCAAGGCGAGGAAGGACAUCUGGCAGCUGAUUGAACAGCUGCAACAGGGACGUGCUGUCAUCUUUGCCACACAUUUCCUCGACGAGGCAAUGUAUCUCAGCGAUGCGCUCUUCAUCAUGCGAAACGGUCGCAUUGUGGCCCAGCACAGUCGGGACUCGCUACAGCGUCUCUGCACGUCGGACUACAGCAUCGAGCUGCGCUGCAUGGAUGCAAAUGUUUCGGCUACGAUUGUGCAGCAGGCCAAGGAGCUGCUGAGGGAGAGUCAUGUGCUGCCUGGCAGGAAGCCACAACAGCUGAUCAUAACCGGCAGCUAUGCUCAGAAUCUAAACCAGAAUACGGUACAGUUCCUCGAGCAACUGCAGGCUCUGGAGACGGCAGGCAACAUCUCCGAACUGUCCCUGAACAGCAGUUCCAGUUUGGAGCAGGAGUUCGAGCAGUUGAAUCGUAACAAUGAUCAGCUCAACCAAUAUGUUGGGGUAACCACUUGCAAUAUUGUAACGGGUCCUGGGGAUGUGACGGAGAAACCGCCGGGGUGUUGGACACAGUUCAUGCUCUUGCUGGGAAAACGACGUCGUCAUCUGUGUCGCAAUUAUCGCCUUCUGCUCUAUGUGCUUCUGCUGCCAGCAAUCUUUGAGCUGUGCGCAAUGUGGUUCAUCAGCUAUCGCCUGGAGGAUGACUUUGAUACGGUGCUGCCCCUUAGUCGAUCCCUUUAUCCACACACCACGCAGCUGCUCAGUCGGGAGCGACUCACGAAGUUUGGGGAACCGCUCUAUGAGAAUCUCCAUUCGGAUUGUAGCACGGAUUUCGAGUGUAACGAGUUCACCAACUCCAGGCAGGCCUUCUACUGGGUACUCAAUAGUCUAGACGAGUAUCGAGGUCGUCGCUAUGGGGGUUACUCCCUGAAUGGCACCGGUGCCACUGUCUGGUACAACAACAAGGGUUACCACUCAAUGGUCGCCUGGCUUAAUGACCUCAACGUUCAGCUACUGCGGACUACUCUCAACAGCACGGACUUUGAUAUUCACGCCUUCAAUGAACCAUGGAAGCUUGGCUUUUCCGAGCUGAGCACCAGCUCAGUGCUCCGUCAGGCCGGUGAUUCCUGCAUGGUCUUUAUCCUGCUUAUCGCAUUCGGUUUGGUCGUCGCUGCUGGCUCAGUUUAUCUAGUCAAUGAACGCAUUCAUGGUGAGAAGUUGCAGCAGCGUCUUAGUGGUGUCAGUGCCGUCACCUACUGGCUGGUUGCCUUCCUUUGGGAUUACCUUAUUAUGGUACUCGCGCUGAUCGUCUGUCUGGCUAUUGUCCUCGUCUUUAACAUGCCAGUCUUUGUCGAUCGACAGCAGUUGGCGGGCAUUGUGGCGCUCUCUCUGAUGUUCAGCUUUGCCUGCGUUCCGGCCGUGCAUGUAGCGGAGAAGAUCUUCAGCGACUCGAGCAUCGCCAUUGUGUCCAUAUUUUGUGCAAACAUCAUCAUUCCAUUGGUUACCAUGGGCAUUGUGCUGAUUCUGGGCGUUGUGGGCGAGGGCAGCACUUGGGACAGUUGGCGACAUGGGUUAAACAGUGCGUUCCUCGUCUUUCCGCAGCAUGCGCUAGGCGAUGGUCUGCUGGAGCUGUGCAAGAACUAUAUGGUUGCUAAAGUCUUUAAGCGGUAUGACAUUGAUUCGUAUAAGCAUCCGCUGGCAAGUGAUCUCCUCCAGCGUCACUUUACCGCUUUGGCUGUGCUUGGUAUUGCCGGUCUUCUGCUCAACGUGUUGAUCGAGUGUCAACUGGUGACGCGCUUCUGGCAACACAUGACCCGACUCCUCGACUGUCAGUAUCGUCGGGAGUUGCGCAAGCUCGGACAGCUCAAGUUGGUCAAUAUACAGAGCAUCUUCAAGAGCUGUGUGGGAGCUAAUGAGGCAUUAAGGGUGGACAAUCUGUGGCACGCCUAUCGACGUGGACGCUACGCCGUGAAGCAUGUCCACUUUGGUGUCCAGCAUGGCGAAUGCUUUGGACUUUUGGGCAAGAACGGAGCUGGCAAAUCGACGAUAUUCAAGCUACUUACUCGCCAACUGUUGCCCAACAUGGGACACAUUUAUUUCGAGCAUCCCAGUUUGUCGUAUUGCCCGCAGACGAACCCCUUGGAUCCCCUGUUGACCGUCUCCGAGUGCAUUCAGUUGUAUGGUCAACUGCGUGGCAUUAAGCAGCUGGAGGAUCUGCUGGAACGCAUACUGGACACAUACGAGCUACGCAGCUAUCGGGAUGUCCAGGUGAAGAAACUGAGUGGAGGAAAUCGCCGCAAGUUGACCGUGGCCAUCACCUGUUGUGGCUACACUCCCACUGUCCUGAUGGAUGAGCCGACCAGCGACAUGGAUCCGGUAACACGUUCCUUUAUCUAUCGCACCAUCGAACAGCUGCUGGCGGCACGUCGAGCUGUCCUGUUGACUUCGCAUUCCAUUUCGGAAAUUGAGCAUUUGUGCCAGCAUGUGGCCGUGCUCAAGGAUGGCCAGAUCGUGGCCAGCAAUAGUCCAGCCCAGCUGAAGGCCCAACAUGGUGGCUAUUAUGCCAUCAGCUGCUUCUGUGCCCCCAUUCAACAAGCGGAGUUGGCCAAAAUGUUGCCACUACGUUUGCCUGGAGCAAUGGAUCUGCAGCAUUAUUCGCAUAGCUUGCGUUUUCUGGUCAAGAUUCGACAAGGUGGCUCCUCUGCGGAGGAAAGCGGCAAGCUACCAACGCUUGCCCAGCUCUUUGAUGUCGUCCGGGAGAUGGCCGGCAGCUUAGAGUUGCCCUCGCACUUUGCCAUCAGUCGCUGCCGCUUCGAGACGGUCUUCGAGCGCAUCCUCGACAGCUGUGAAGCGACAUCAACCACGACAGUCACGGCAAAUGGCAACUCUGACUAUCCCAGCAAAUCGGCGGCAGUCAGCGGCUCCUUGGAGACUGGCUAUGUGCAUAACGGUUACGAGGAGACAACCACCUAACUUUCACUUUCACUCUUCCUCAAAAAAAAGCAAAAAAAAUAGAGGGUAUAGAAAUUGGUCCAAGUUAGUUUUAUUGUAUGUUUUCUGUAUAGACGAGUUAUGUUUUUUGUGAUAAGUUAGGACGCUCCAUGACAGUGAUAAGUUUACGACAAUGUCUCUUUUAAUUUCCCAUUAUUUAAUUUGUUGGGCUGUUCUGGUAGCUGUAAUCUCCAAUUUCAGGUUUGUUCGGGCACCUUUUUUAAUUGUUAGACGAAUUUAGAGCUUUAAACGUUGUGUAAUAUAUAAUUAUUUUAUGGUAAAGCCUCACUUAUCGUAUCCUAUAAUAUCCGGGUCUAUAUUCUAUCAUAUCUUAAGUACAUACGUCUUCAACUCGACGCCGGCGAGUGCAAUGCAAGCGUUUUAGCUUAGAAAUGGAUGUACUAGGGUACUAUUUAGAGGCCCCCUAAUGAUACAAGUACUUAUAUCUAGUAGAAUACAAAUAUCUAAACAUUUACCUAUAUCUAAAUAUAAAGGCAAUAAAAGCACAAAAAGAGUUCAUCGUUCUUUAGAGGAACAUCUUUUUUUGUCAGCGGGCUGAAUGCAUUUUUUUUAAAUAUUGAUUAUCGAAUAUCAAACAAACAAAUGUACGCGUAUGAUAAUCGUUCGUUAAUAAUAAAGUGACAAAUUUUGUUGUAACUAUGUACAAUA